GCCCUUCAUAAUCCUACCUAGAGUCCCAGAGCCACAAAAUCCAACCUUUCCAGGGCAUGAACAAACCAAAACCCUCGCCGCCGCCUACCCUGACGCCGACCACCGUUCGAGACGCAGUAUGACGCAACCCCAUUGAUCAAAUCCUAAAACUGGAAUUCGUCGACCAUCGUCAACCAUAGUCGAUAGCUUAUUGGAAUAAAAGCAGUUUUGUACCUCUUGGCAGCUCCACUGGAGAAACAACUUAACACAGAGGUCAAUCAUGUUUCUCUCGUCCUCCCUACAAAUGUCAUAAAGUUCGCAAGGCUAGAGUUACAAAAAGAGUUUAAAGAUAUUAAGCAAGAAGAGCAGAUCUCCAUGCUUCAUAAAAUGCUUGCUCCUCACCUUCUUAGAGAAAUUCCAUGUAUUUAAGGUCUCCAAGGAGUGGAAAACUAUGCAAGGAAAGAUCAAAUCAAAGCCCAAAUGUUUUUUAUGACUUGCACAUUAUUUCUCUUCAUUCAUCUAUUCUCUACCAGAAAAGGGACCAUUUCAAAUCUUCCUUUUCGACUGUUUUAUGCUGUGUAGUCGCAAUUGUGCAACCAACAGAUAUGUAAAUGACCCUUACUGCGGUGUUUUAUGCUUACUAAAUAGUGAUAUAUCACUCUGCAGGCUUUGUAUAAAUCGGAUCCAUCAGAAUAUUGUCGUUCAUUACGCUUUGAAGAUAAACCAGACUAUUGAUACCUGAACACACUUUUCCGUGACCUUUUUAUUCGAGAAGGUUACUUUUUAUUUUUUGACUUUGAAUUUAAUCGACUGGUAAAUGAAGUUUAUUUAUUCCACAAAACAUUUAGUUUCUUUUACAUCUAUCACAGUUAGAAUUUCAAUUUCAGAUUUUUUAUUUUAGCAGAAUCCUUUCUGUAAAAAAGUGGAAUCAUAGAGCUUACUAUGGGGCAAAGAAGGAGAAAGAUGAAGCAGAAGAAACAUAUAGAUGCUGAUUGGGCAGGUCUGCCUGACAACAUUCUUGAGGUAAUCUUUGAGCGACUGAAUUUGAUGGAUUGUAUGUCUAUUAGUGAUGUUUGCAAAUCUUGGAGACGUGUUGUUGCACAAGAACUUUCUGAUUGUCAAGGGCAUGGGUUCCCGUGGCUCCUAAUGUCUGGUGAGAAAGACAAAAGGGUUAGGACUUGUAUUAGCAUAUUGCAAGAGCAAGAGUGGGAGAUGUUGCUUCCGGAGGCGUAUGGUAGAUACUGCUGGGGAUCAUAUCAAGAGUGGUUGAUUCUAGUUAGAGAUCUUGGCUCUUACAAGCUUGAUAUUGGAUUGUUUAACCCAUUCACUCGGAAGCAAGUUGAUCUUCCUGGAGAAUGGAACUUGAAUCACAAGAUGGUUCUCUCAGGGCCUCCCUCUCUUGAAAACUGUAUCUUCAUGCUGAUUCAAAGUGACUCCCAGACGCUUGCCUUUUGGGUUCCAGGAGCUCAAUCAUGGCUUCAGCAUAAGCUUGAUGGUGAACCAUUUGUGGAUGGUGUCUUCUCCAAUGGAAGUUUUUAUCUCAUCGGCAACGAUUAUAACAUAUGUGAAAUUAAAGGUGCCAAUAUAUUUGCUGCAAUUAAGAGAGACGAUGCCUCUGCUCCUGUUGCUUUUCAUAUUGAAAGGCAUUACCAUGAAGUAACAAUGCCAGAUGAGCAUGAAAAUAAUGGCGUGCUGAAGUAUCUUGUUGAAUCUUGUGGAGAGCUUCUACUUGUCUGCAGGUUCUAUAGCACCAAACCAGAUGCUGUGCUUGUAACACAUUAUUUUGAGGUAUACUCGCUGGAUUUUAGCAGGAUGUCCUGGAAGAGGGUAGAGAGUUUGGGAGAUCAGAUCCUAUUUCUGGGCAAGUGCUGUUCAAGAUCUGUCUCUUCUAGUGGACUUGGACUUAAUGUGACUGAUCGUAUCUAUUUCUCAAAUGAUCAUGCUGUUCCAUGGUGGAACGAAUGGGAUUCUGAACAUCUUGUUGGCAUUUUGAAUCGUCUUGGUCUUGACAAUAGUGGGACAAAGGAUUGGGGCAUUUUUAGCCUCGGCAACAAGAAUCAUGAAACUUUGUCUAUCCAGUUCCGUGGCAAUCGUGACAGAUGGGGACCUGUCUGGUUUACUGCACCGCAAUGGUGGUGUUGUAAGAAUUUCACUCUUACUUGAUACUGAAUCUGUCUCAUCUAAGGGUAUCUUGUUGCAGUUGACAUAUCAAGUUUAGGAGCUCAUUCCAGAACAAAUGACAUUGUACAGCCUUAGUGUAGAAGGCAUAUUUUGUAAGUUAACUAAGAAAAACAGCAAGUAUAAUCUAAUAUCAGUGUUAGUGAAAAUCUUCUCUCAC